UUGCGUGUCCAUUUUCAGAUAACGUGAUUGUAAAACGAACAUCGCAUGAUGAAUUUUUCGAUUUGUUAAUUUCGCGAAAAUCGAUUUGAAUUCGUGAAAUUUCAUUAUAAUUUUCUUGGAGUCGAAAAAUAGUUCUCACCAAAACUCCGGGGGCCUAAAAUGCGCGAAAGUGACGUCGAUACAAUAUUGUUUUAUGUCGUCAUUCGAAUAUUGUAUUAUUGUACUGCCAGCGUAGCUGUUUAAAAUUUUUUGGAAAAUUCAAGUUAUUCACAACAAAUACUUAAGAGCAAAGAGACAAUGUAUUGUUUUAAGCAUAGCGUGUCACAUGGGUACACUUGCCUUUUACUGUAAAUGUCAUCAAUGACAAUUUCUCAACGGAUAUGGAAGCGAAAAGUUGCUUCAACUGUCGUCGUGUCGGAUGUAUGUCAGAGAUAUUUUCUCUUCAUCCGAAUCAAAGACAGCCAUUGGAGAGGUAUAUAUCAUACAACGGAUUAAAAGCAUUGUUUGGAGGCCAACGACCAAGCAUCUGUGCUGACUGUGUUUACGACAGGCUGCAGACUUGCCAGAAAUGUACACGAAAGAUCCCUCUUUGUUUUUACGACAUUGAGGAAUGGUUCAAAUCGUCAAGCGAACGCGUUUGUCAAGAUUGCAAUGCUAUUCAGGCCACCCAAGUUGCUUUUCGAAACGGCCUCAUGUUAAAAGAUGCAUUGAAGCAAUGUUUGAAAUGUUCUAUGUUCAAGUGCAUAUACUCCUUUCUGUCCAUAUUCAAUUUCAAGGAAUUUGAUGUAGUGUGUCGUGAAUGUGUCAUUCACCAAGACAUUCAGCAAUACCAUAUGGAAUUGAAAGCAAGAUAUGCCGAAAGUCUGAGUCUUUCACCAUCUUUGACUCAUGUUGAAACAGAUGUCAAUGUCAUCGAUAAACAGAUGCUUAGUUAUGCUAGAGUUUUGAUGAAUGGUUCAAAGUCCAUUGAAGAUGAAGUAGGAGAGAAGAGAACACCAGAUGUGUCGCAGCCCAGUUAUCCUCAGGCAGUCAGGUCAUUCUUUCAAACCACCAUGAAUGUGGAUAUAUGUUGGAUGGUGUUGGAUGCAUUCAGGGAAUCUCUACAUGAGCUUGAAGAAAAGACAAAAGUUGAAUUGAAAAUCCUUCAACAAGACCCAAGCUUUUGGCAGGUGGUACUACGCAACAAGCUUAUGCAAGUGACAACGAAGUUCUCAACUCAAGCCACAAAUCGUACAUCAUUCCAUGAUGCCGAGAUUCGGGCAGCAUACAUUGGAACGUACUGUUGUUCCCAUGCCAGUCUAGUCCAUGCAGCCUUCAACUCGGGCUGUUUUCCUCCUUUACUCGAAUUCAUACAGAAUUGCAAAGAUUCAGGGAAACCUCUUCAUGUUUGUUGUAUCGGAGCAGGACCUGGCAGCGAGGUCCUUGGUUUACAUAAAUUAUUGCCUGCAAACACCGAGUGGUAUCUCAUGGACAACUGUGACAGUUGGUGUAGGUCCGCAAAACUUUUGCUUCGACAUGUUCCUGGCAUCAAGUUCAAUUAUGGAACUUUCGACAUAACGUCAAAACUUCAUCACUCUGAUGUUUUUAAAAAGGCCACUUUCUAUGCAUUUGUCAAAUUUGUGUCAGCUAUUCACUUCCUGAAGAAGUCCACAUCUCGUUUUCGAGAACUAUUGAGGCUUACCCCAGUUGGGUCAAUCUUUCUAUUUGUCGACAAUGCCCAUCACAGUGUUACAAGAUUCAUAGAAAAUCUUGUCUUCCCAGAUGGAAUUUAUGAAGAGUACAAAUCAUGUCGGGAAACAAUGUAUUAUGCUUUGUACACUUGCUAUGCUGAGCUGCAUCCAACAGAAGAUAGCAUGCAGUCGCCAUGUGUUGCUGAGCUUGUCAGUUUAGUGAAGUUCUGGUUGGACCGUUCGCCUCUGCUUGACAUCCAUGUCAAUGUUUUUCUUCUGGUAAAGAAAGCUGAAAGUCCGUUUGUGUGCAACCCUAUUGAGCCCUUGAGAGAUCCCUUGUAAAUUUGUUGUUGUGUCCUCAUUUUGAAUGGCAUAUUUGAUGGUGUCUUCAAUGCCUAUCGGAUCAAUUCAAUUUCUUGCGAAGAAAAAGCUUAAACUAGGAGGUUUCCGUUCCCUCUGCAAAAGAGAUCGCAUGUGUACAAAGAACGGUGUAUUUAUUUGGUGGUUCUAUUUAUUUAUAUAAAUGUAUAUAGGGACUUUUAAUUGACGGAAGUUGUGUGUCACAAUAAUAAUUUAGUGGUCAAAGAUUGCGCUGUAUACUACACCGCAAACACAAUUAUGUAUCUUAUAUAUACCUAUCAUAGAUUGUCCUUUCUUACUGUUGGUCUCCAUAUGGUUGUCUCUGCUUGGCUAGUUGACGUAUUUAAUAUAUUAUGCAUACCUGAGCAAUAUUAAAAGUAACAAUUAACAGUUCUGAA